GGGCGCUGGGUGUGCCAGUGAAUGCCCCAGGCGCCCUCUGUUUCCUGGGCAGCUCUGCGGCUAUGGAUGUGUUCCAGAAGGUAGAGAAGAUCGGAGAGGGCACCUAUGGGGUGGUGUAUAAGGCCAAGAACAAGGAGACGGGGCAGCUCGUGGCCCUCAAGAAGAUCAGCUGGAUUUGUGAGGAAACUGAGGGAGUCCCAAGCACUGCCAUCAGGGAGAUCUCCCUGCUCAAGAGUGAAGCACCCAACAUCGUCAGGCUGCUGGAUUGUGGUGCACAGCGAGAGAAGAAGCUUUACCUGGUGUUUGAGUUCCUCAGCCAGGACCUAAAGAAGUACAUGGACUCCACGCCGGCCUCCGAGCUCCCCCUGCACUUGGUCAAGAGCUACCUCUUCCAGCUGCUGCAGGGGGUGAGUUUCUGCCACUCUCAUCGGGUCAUCCACCGAGACCUGAAGCCCCAGAAUCUGCUCAUCAAUGAGUUGGGUGCCAUCAAGCUGGCUGACUUCGGACUGGCUCGAGCCUUCGGAGUGCCCCUACGCACCUACACCCACGAGGUGGUGACACUUUGGUAUCGCGCCCCUGAGAUCCUCUUGGGCAGCAAGUUCUAUUCCACGGCUGUGGAUGUCUGGAGCAUUGGCUGCAUCUUUGCCGAGAUGGUGACCCGUAGAGCCCUGUUUCCUGGUGACUCUGAGAUUGACCAGCUCUUUCGGAUCUUUCGGACCCUGGGGACGCCCAGUGAAGCCAUAUGGCCGGGAGUCACCCAGCUGCCCGACUAUAAGGGCAGUUUCCCCAAGUGGACCAGGAAGGGGUUGGAGGAGAUUGUGCCCGGCCUGGAACCAGAGGGCAAGGACCUGCUCAUGCAACUCCUGCAGUACGACCCCAGCCAGCGGAUCUCCGCCAAGGCCGCCCUCGCACAUCCGUACUUCUUGUCCGCUGAGACCUCCCCGGCCCCCCCGCAGUGUGUGGUGGAGCGUUUCUGCCGCUGAGAGGGUGUGAGGUCCUCCGCCUCGGAGCCUCUCUCCGCUGCUGCCCCAGCUGCCUCCCCACCCAUGUCCCAAGAAAGAGGACCUAUCUGGGAGAGAGCAAAGUUCUGAGGAAUUUGGCAUCGGCUGCCAGAGAGCGGAGUUUGGGUUAGUCCUGCCCGCAGGUUAACGAGUUCCAGUGUUGUUUGUUGGGUUUGACAGUAUCGGUUCAAGACGGGGGCACCGGAGCUCUGUGCGCAGGGGGUAUGUUAGAGGUUGGGCCCCCUGCCGCAGGAACAGCUGCUGAGAUGAGGAGGAAGCCUGCCCCCGUGUGGCGGCAAGGCAGAGCCAGACAACGCACCCCCCCCCCCCACCAAGGGAAGGGGUGCCCCCUGCCGGUCUUUUUGGCUUUAAAAUGUUUGGGGGAAGAGUUGCAUACCAGUUAAGAGUCCCAGUUUAACGGGAAGAGAGAGGACAUUUUCCUGAUCCCAGGGAACGUCUGGGAUGUGUGUGGCUGUUCUAAGUACUUGUCUUAUACUUAGGAUAUGCUUACGUUGUUUGCCUCUGGCUUUAAGAACAGUAAAUAAAAGUGCUAUAUUUCCUGA